AUGGCGGACAGUGCUGCCGGCCUGAAACCGCCGAAGCCGUUAGUGUUGGGUGACAAUAUGGCGGACCAGUGGAGAACCUGGUACCGUCAGUUCAAGUGGUUUUCAGUUGCAACACAGUUGGAUGCAAAACCAAGUGCAGUUCAAGCAGCAACGCUACUAAGUGCGAUCGGCGUCGAUUGUGUUAGAAUUUUUGACACCUUCGGACUGAGGCCCGAUCAAGAAGAUGACAUAGAUGUGAUAGUGCAAAAAUUCAACGAAUAUUUCACCCCAAAAUCAUGUACAACGUAUGAGCGAUAUCACUUCAACAAAAUUAUGCAGAAAGAAGAAGAAGCUUUUGACGUGUUCGUCACCCGUGUUCGUGAACAGGCAAAAAAAUGCGCGUUCAGUGUAUUGCACGAUUCGCUUGUCAAAGAUAAGUUAAUAGUUGGAACGCGAUUCACUAAAAUCGUACCCCAGUUACUCAACGACGAUCUUACGCUUCAAAAAACAAUCGAACUGUGCAGAAACUUUGAACUCACCUCGAUUCAAACAAAGGAAUUGAAUAAAGAAGAUAAAGUGGAAGUGCUAAAAUCAGUGAAACGACAAGACGAGCCGAAACAUCGUCGGGAAGAGGCUUACGAGUGUAAUCGUUGUGGACGGAAGCAUAAAAGGGGUGCUUGUCCAGCGUAUGACAAAACCUGCAACGCUUGUGGGUGGAGAGGACACUUUGCGGUUAUGUGCAAAGCAAAGAAGAGGUUGCAUAAAAAUGUUAGUGAAGUGACGGAACAAGUGAGCCAACGUGAAGAAACAGACGCUGAAGAGUUCUACAUUCAUGCACUGGGAGAUCAGCAUGAGGAUGACUGGUUUGAAACCAUAUACAUGAAAGGAAGAAAAUUAUCGGUCAAAUUGGAUACUGGCGCCCAGUGUAAUGUGCUACCCGCAAGUAUUGUCGAAAAACUUCCAGUAGCCAUUGAGUCUUCGGCAACAAAGAACCUGGUGACGUACAACGGUCAGCGAAUUCCCGUGAUCGGCGAAAUCUCCUCCAUUUGCCUCGUCAAAGGUAGGUCUCAACCAAUUACCUUUAAAAUCGUGAAAGAAAAUGUCACGCCAGUGUUAGGUCGAAAAACAUGCCUAGCUUUCGACUUGAUCGCCAGAGUUAAUACGGUCGGAGUAACAGAUAGCGAUAUUUAUGACGGCCUAGGUUGUUUACGUGACUUCGUUUAUGAUAUUGAUCUGGUAGAUGCUCCAUCUUGGGAAAUUCGACCUUCGAGGAAUGUUCCCCAUAGCAUUCGAGAUGAAGUAAGAAAGGAACUGUCCUGCAUGGAAGCACUCGGCGUGAUAGCUAAGAUACAUGAGCCGACUCCUGUUGUUAAUGCCAUGGUGUUGGUUCGGAAAAAGGGGAAAUUAAGAAUCUGUAUCGACCCGUCACAAGUUAAUCAAAACAUACUGAGGAGACAUCAUCCGCUUACAACUAUAGAAGAAAUAGUGGCACGCCUCAAGGGCUCUAAGAGGUUCACGAUUUUGGAUUGCAAAAGAGGAUUUUGGCAGAUACAGGUUACGGAACGCACAUCUAAAUACCUCACUUUUGGAACUCCAUGGGGACGGUAUUGUUGCAAGCGACUGCCAUUUGGUCUGGCCUCUGCUCCCGAAAUUUUUCAAAACGUUAUGCAAGGUUUAGUUGGAGAUAUCGACGGCGUAGAGUGCUCAAUGGAUGAUAUACUGAUCCACGCCAGGAACUCAACCGAAUUAAUGAAGAUUACUGAUGCGGUAAUCAGCAGGAUCAAUAAGGCAGGUUUAAAACUGAACCGUGAAAAGUGCAUCUACGAUCAAGCAUCGGCUAAAUUCCUUGGACACAUUAUAUCUGCGAACGGAUUACAGGCGGACGACGAAAAACUAGAAGCGAUUCGUAAGCUUUCGAUUCCGGUAAACAAGCAACAACUACAGCGGGCGCUAGGAAUGAUUACGUACCUAGGUAAGUUCAUCAAGAAUUUGUCCGAUAUAACAGCACCACUGCGAGCACUGUUGGUGAAAGAUGUUGCUUGGGUAUGGGGUGUAGAACAAAAUGAAGCGUUUGAACAAAUCAAAAACAUGAUGAUUUCUCCACCCAUACUAGCGUUUUAUGAUGUUAAUGCACCUGUCACGUUGUCGGUUGACGCUAGCUCCAAGGCGAUGGGAGCGGUACUGCUACAGCGUGGAAAACCAGUAGCGUAUGCUUCGAAAUCAUUGAGUCCUGCGGAGCGCAACUACCCGCAAAUCGAAAAGGAAGCGGCGGCAAUCCGUUUUGCGUGUCAGAAAUUCCACCAAUAUAUCUACGGAAAAGAUUUAACAAUCGAAAGCGACCACAAGCCACUGGAAUCAAUAUUCCGGAAACCGUUGGACCGUGCACCGCCCAGACUGAAGAGAAUCCGGUUGGAUGUAGAGCAAUACAGUCCUAAGGUUGUCUACGUAAGAGGAAGAGAUAUACCGAUUCCAGACAUACUGAGCAGAGACGUUGCAAAUUCAGAGAACGAGGACGUUGAUGAGGAACUAGAGGUGCACAUUGUUCUGCAAAUGUCAAAGAGAGCUGCGAGUGAACUACGGGACCACGCUGCCAAGGAUAGCGAAAUACAACUGCUGAAACAAGUGAUAAUGGCAGGAUGGCCCGACCGCCGAGAUGAUGUGGAACCUAUUGUGCGUAAAUUUUGGUGCUUCCGAGAUGAACUUUCUGUAUAUGAAGGAAUCGUUUUUAAAGCAAACCAGGUUAUGAUUCCAAAAACGCUACGGAAGAAAAUGCUGACUGAAAUACACAAUGGACAUCCCGGAUUACAAAGUUGCGUGAAACGAGCUAAGCAGAUCCUGUUCUGGAUCAACAUGACUUCGGACAUUCAGCAAAUGGUUGACGAGUGUCAAGUUUGCCAGAUGCAUCAACCAAACAAUACCAAGCAAACCAUCAUAUCGAAAGAGAUUCCAAGUCUACCCUUUGAGAGAGUCGCUACGGAUCUAUUCCAUUUCAAAGGAAAGGAGUAUAUUCUUCUAGUGGACAGCUAUUCUAGCUUCUUUGACUUCAAGGAACUACCAGACAUGUCUUCUCGCACCGUGAUUACAACACUAAAGGAAUGGUUUGCUGUACAUGGAGUGCCUGCAAUAUUGGAAUCAGAUAACGGACCCCAGUACUCAUCAGAAGAGUUCAAAGCGUUUGCAGUGAAGUGGAAUUUUGACCACGAAACAUCUAGCCCGCACUUUCCUCGUGCCAAUGGUCUAGCUGAGAGAUAUGUUCAAACAGCAAAACACAUACUCAAAAAAUGUGCAGAAGAUGAAUCAGAUGUGCAACUAGCGUUAUUACAUGCUCGGAAUACCCCUAGAUCCACCGAGCUACCAGCACCAAGUGAAAGGCUAAUGGGACGAUUAACACGAACAAAUUUACCGGCAACCGAUGUACAUCUGCAGCCGAGACUAGUUACGGGCAUUUCGGGAGCGCUAGCAGAAGCACGCAAACAACAGAAGCAGUAUGCGGACAGAGGAGCAGUAAAGGGCGCAGUAUUCCAGCCAGGUGACGCUGUGCUUCUACAGAACUGUAACACCAAAACAUGGAAACCUGCAACAGUGGUAAAUUGUACGGAUGGGAGAAGAUCGUAUGUCGUGAGGGACGAAGAAAGAACGCUUCGCAGAAAUUCACAUCACCUGCGCCCUGCGAAAAUAGUUGAAAACGAAAAGCCAGCGGAAAAUCUACAGGCAGCAGUUCAACAUCAAUACCCGAUAUUUGAGGAAGAUCACUCAAAUACGUCUGAAACUGAAACAAGCGACACUUUUGCCGGCUCCAGGUUUUCAUCUCAACAGCUAGAGGAAACUCAGAUGUUCAACAACGACGAUGAUGACAAUCAGCAGCAAACAACCCGCAGCGGUCGACUUGUUAAACAACAUAAGCUCGAUGAUUAUGAAUAUUAUUAA